AUGAUUCAAGAUAAAUGGAAUUUUCUUUCACCUACAAAUUUUGAUUUGAAAGGUGUAGAAGCUACGCUUCAACGUUUUGCAAAUUACCCUGCAUCGACGAUCAAAGAUGAAAUACUUUCCCGGUUGGUCUACGAUAUAGGAAUACAAGGACGUGCCUUUCGAACUUUAACACAAGCAAGCAGUUCACAAUGUGCUAAUUUAACACGAUCCACAGCCGACAUUAUAGUAAAUUUUGAAAAAAUUAAAACUUCAGAAUUCAUAUCUUAUUCAACGAAAUCAGAAUUAACCAUAUCGGAAAUUUUAAAAGAAUGUAAUUUAAUUCGAAAAGGUUACAAAGAUAUAUCACAUAAUUUAACCCGUAUUUCAAAUGAUUUCCAAACUUAUAAAUCAAACCUUCAAAAAGAACAAUAUACUCUUGAACAAGAAGUUUCAAAUAUUAAGUAUCGUAGUAAAAGUGAAAAAAUAGGUGCAAUUAAAAUGGGUGUGACUAUUGGUUUUGGUAUCGGAUCAUUUUCAAACGCAACACUUUACGCUAUUGCACCACAAUUAGAUGGUGGUUUAACGUUAAUAGCAACGAUUAUUACAGGUGGUGUUCUUGGAUGGUAUUAUGGAGGCAAGCUGAGUUCGAAUCUGAAUCAAGAGGCGAUAUUAAAGGAAAAUGAGAUCGGAAAAUUAAGGAAAAGCACAGACUAUAUUGAACAUGUGAUGAAAGAUGUGAAAUUCUUUGAUGAUAAAGUUGGGCUUUUCGAAAUUUUUUGGGCAAGACAAAUUGACCACAUUUCUGUUACGCAGCAAUUUAUUAAUAAUGCAAAGAAAGGGAAUGUGGAAAUAAAUAAUUUUAAUGUACAAUCUUUAUUGGCGUCUUGGACACAUGCGAAGACUGCUCUCGCAAGUUAUCAAGCUAAUGUGAAAGCAAUUAUCACUUGA